CUUGAGGCCGAUUCUCUUCUGCAAAUGCGAUCCAAGAUGCUCAUGUGAGCUUAUCGAUCAAAUCCGAGCAGAACGAGAUGUUGAUCAGUGUUUGUGAUGGCCGAGAAAAUGGAACGACAAAUCGCUAUGAGUAAUCUAAGUGCAGGCAAUUUGAAUGUUAGUCAUGCUAAUGCUGCACAAGUAGAUCAGAAUAACUCCUUGUCUGAUGAUCUGCUAGCUGCUUCUAUAAACUCCUACAAUGGAAGAAAAGGUGGCAAUGUGAAGGCGAAAUGCACUUUCUGCAGUAUGACUGGGCAUACCAUAGACAAGUGCUACAAGAAGCACUGCUAUCCGCGGUGGUGGAUACCGGGAUUCAAGUCCAAAGGGAAACAACAAGGUAGCAGUGCACUUACAGGAGAUCUGGGAAUAUCCUCAGAGCAAUUGCAGAAAAUCAUCUCUAUUUUGCAGCCUCAGAAUAAUGCCUCUCUAAGUCCGGGAACCAGUGCUGCAGUUUCCCUAAUUCCCAGCUUCAAAGAGAUGCGUUCUGAUGACAAAGGCAAGUAUCAUACAAAUCUUAUUAAUUCUCUCUCCAUAUGUCAGUCCUCUUGGAUUCUUGACUCAGGUGCAACAAAUCACAUUGUGUGUUCCAUGGACUUCUUUGUUGAUCACUACAAAGCCACUGGAGUCAAUGUUAAUCUGCCAACCGGACAAAUCAUUGAGGUUGAACACAUAGGAAACGUGAGACUGAUGGAAAAUCUGUGGCUAAAAGAGGCAUUGUACAUCCCCACGUUCAAGUUCAACAUUAUCUCGGUCAGUAAACUCAUACAAGACACCAACUGUAAACUGACUUUUGUGCCUGGAUUGUGUUUGAUUCAGGAGAGACAUGGGGUGCUGACUGGUAUAGCUAGAGAAGACAAAGGUUUAUACCUUCAAUGAAGUCUCCAAGGCUACCAGAGAAGCAAGUUGUGUCACAAUGCACUGGAGGCAAUCUUUGGCACUAAAGAUUAGGCCAUUUUCCCUUAAACAAACUGCACUUGUUGAAAGAUAUUACUGUUUCUGUUAAU